AUGAGCGGCAUGUACGCAACACAGCUUUUUCCGGACGCCUAUAGUGCUCUCAGCCAACAGUCGAGCCCUUCUGAAGGCGGCCCUACAGCGACGACGGGGUCCAAACGGAAGUAUACAUCGUCGGCAUGCGAAUAUUGUCGCUUCAAACGGAAACGUGUGAGUCUUUUCUCACCCAUUCUCGACGACGGAGCUUGCGAUGGCAAACUUAGCUGUCGCACUUGUGUCGACGCUAACAAGCAAUGCGUGUAUCGCUUCAACGACAAGAGAAAAGCCAGCGUCCGGCAGGAGGAGAUCCAGAUCCUCGAAUCCCAGAACGAGGAACUGCGAUCUUUGCUGGACGUGCUCAAAUAUGGCAACGAUGAGGAAUCUCUGGCUGCCUUGCAAGCUCUCCGUUCCCCCGAGGGUACGGCAUCUCGUCAAUCGUCCACGAACCUCCUUCUUGACGUGUACGGGGUAUCUCUCCCAACCUUGCCUUCUCUGUCUCUGAAAGACCUGGAACUUCUCCAGGCAGACCAAGGUAGUCGACAGUCUGGCACUUCGUCUCAGGCUUCAUCCUGGCCGACACUAAAAUUCUUUGACUACCCGACCGUCUUCUCUCCUAGCCAACUACCACCGGAAGUUGACAUCCGCAAAGGAGCCGAGUUAUUUUUCCAAGUGACGGCUGGCUUGUUCCAUAUCAUGACUAUGGACGAAUUCGACGAGCUUUGUGACCAGGCCUUCCGGGCGCAAUCGCGACCGGACACUCUUGUCGUCGCCCAAAUUUGUGCUGCAUCUGCCAUCGGUGCUCAUUUCAAUAUCGACGACACCACUGGAGAACUCAAAGACGCCCUCUUCAAUAGCGCGAUUCGCCACAUGCCCGAGAUGGUCGAGCUCCGCAACCUGCAAACCAUGAAAUAUCUGGCUUGCCUCUGCGCGUACGGCAUGGUCGACAAGCGGAAGAGCACAGCUCGACUUAUCCAGCUCAGUCUCCAGAUCGCACGGUGGAACUUGGCCCUGCCACAACAUGAGCUCACCGGAGGUGCUCACGAGUGGAGAAGAUUAUAUCAAACAAUGAUAUUCUUUGAAUGCUGGCUAUCGACGUCGUUGGGCUACAUACCGGAUCUCGGUGGAGAAAUUGAAUUUCCUCAACCCACCUCGGCUGGCACAGACGGACUUCCAGAUGACAGCGUGACGCAAAUCAAGGCCAAAGAGAUCGGGGUACUAAAGGCCCAGGUCUGCAGAGCGGCCAGCGGCCUCGAAUCACCCACCGAGCAGAUAAUAGAGGACCACAUGAUUGCGUUGGAAAGCUGGUAUCGGAAGCUGCCACUUAAUAUGACUUUGACGGUUUUGCUGAACGGCGAGGCGAACCCGCUCACAGCAGCACAACAAGGCGCGUUGCUCCUCUCCCACGCCAUGUACCUGGGUGCCGUUAUGAUGUUGCAUCAACGAGUUUUAGUGGCCGUCUCGGACGGUAUCCUAGGCCAUGCCGCAGAAAUCGAUAUCGGAAGCACGCCGGUGCAAGAACAUCUGGCUCAUUCUAUUGAGGCGGCACGCGCUAUCGUGCGUAUUUUCAUCCUGCUCCGCUUCGGCACCGCCACAACAAAUAUGCACGUUCGGUGUUGGAUCUGCGUCUUUGAAACCUACACAGCAUGCACAAUUCUUCUUUACAACAUCGCCUUGAGAACCAUCCAGCACGCCGCGGAGCGAGCAGAGAUGCAACUGGACCUGGAACGUGUGAAUACCUGUCUCGGCAUGCUUGAGGCAUCGGGGUUGGUGGAUAAGGUAUCUCAAAAGAUGUGGGCGGCUUUAGCAGCGGUCCAUCAUGCCGUGGUGGUUUCCACAAGUCACCAAGUUUAUCCCAUUUCGCCACCAGAAGUCGAGCCAAAGAGCCAUUCACACCGUCAACUCAACGGCACGACAGGUUCGGGCUUCUUCGAACAAAACAACUUGUCAACUCCUCCGCUCAGGCCGCGUUCUCGGGGCUGCCUCUCUGCCAUCCAGGCGUUUAAACGCGCCACUGAUAUGUUGAGAGAUCCAUUUGGCCACGGCCUGGAAGCGGGAUUUCGGCUCCUUCCACGCGAUAACGGCGCGGACGCCGUGGACUGGUGGUCUGCUGCUGCUUCAUGA